AUGGCUUUAGCAAUUGCUUCUGGUAUCAUCUCUUGCCUUGCAGGCGCUCUUAAAAUCGCCUCUGCUUUCAAGACACAGUCCUCAACACAGAUCGUCGGAUCUGGCAAGGGCACAGGUUUCUUCAAAUUCUACUCCAACUCUGCUGUUGGCACACGCUCAAUCGCUGCAAGAAGCUGCGGCGCCUACAUCGACCGCAUGAUUUCCAACAUCAUGGCUGACCAGUCAGCCAUCGUUCAGGCUCACAAGCAAAACAUCAUCAACGAUCUUACAGAUAUCAAGGACUUCGAAUCCUACGCUUGGGGCGACUGCGACAACAUGGUCAACACAGUUUCAUACGAAAAGGCUUCUGGCUCCCUCUACAUGUACAUCUACACAUUCUCUCCAUUCAUCUCUGAUACACGCGGCGAAGGCGUUAGAGUAUCUAACAUGAAGAUCCACGUUGAUUUCGUUAUGCCAAAAGACUGGAUCAUUGUUUCCAAGAUCAAAUCCUCCUUCUUCAAGUGCACAAUGAACCAGGAAAUCCAGUACCUUGAUACAAAGUCUAUCCAGAUGUCCGAUGUUAUUGAGGCUGUUGCUAUCGCUGUUGCUCCAGCUGUCCUCGGCCUUGUCAAGCUCCCAGAACGCUUCCUUAACGUUCUUGACACAGUUAUCAAGUCCCAGAUGGCCAACCCAGACAGAGGAAUUGUCACAGCUCCAACAGCUGAACAGUCCGCUCAGGCUUACGCUCAGUUCCAGGAUAUGAGAAACAAGCAACAGGAAUACGACCAGCGCGCUUCUGAGGGCUUCUCUGACAUCAAGGCAGCUAUCGAUGCUCUCGGACAGAAGGGCCCAGAAACCCCAGCUGCCUAA